AGGUCGCUUUACUCACUCCAUCAAGCCACAGGGACCUAAGACUGGUUUAAGUCACAAACAACCCACAUGCCUUGGAGAUUAUGGUUCAUUAGAUUGUGUUUACCCAAAUAAAGUCGUACUCUGCGAUUUUUUAGACAAUUCUAUAAGCAUCUCCUAAGCACGCCGUGAGACAUUUAAGAGAUGUGUUACUUCCUUCACAUACAUAAAUAAUUUCCAAUAAAAAUCAGUGUGUGAAUAAUUUAUUUUUUCCAUCCAUUGGAAGCCAACCGUUUAGAAAACCACUCAGAAGAGCUGAAGUAAACCCCUUGUUCAAAAUUCCUUUUAAAUUUACAAGGAAAGAGGAAGUUAUUUCCUUCUCCUUGAAUUUUCCCGAAAAUCGAGAGCUUUAUCUAACAGUUUUGGCAUUCGGAGUCGUUUUUCAUGAAAAAGUUAAAAGGCACGUGAAAUCUGGGUCUCCGCAGACCACCCAGCAGUGAAAGAUGGACGAUUCUGCUAGGAGGAUUUGUGCGGGAUCCAACUUUUGGGGGUAAAACAAACACAAAAGCUCCUCCCUCGAGGGGCGGGGCGAUGCCCGGGUGAUGCACCAAUCACAGCACGCCCUGCCCUAUAUAAGGCCUGGAGGCCGCGCGGCAUCUUGUGCUGGUCCGUAGUCGCCCUCAGCUUGUCUUCGUGCCAUGUCUGAGACGGCUCCCGCAGCCACAGCUGACACUGCCUUGGUUUCAAUGGAGAAUCCUCCAGUAAAGAAGAGGGGGAAGAAGCCGGGGAGCCAGCCAGGCGCUAGUCGCAAGGCCCCGAGCCUCUCCGUGUCCAAGCUGAUCACGGAGGCGCUUUCUGUGUCCCAGGAGCGAGCAGGCAUGUCCCUGGCUGCGCUCAAGAAGGCGCUGGCGGCUGCCGGCUACGACGUGGAGAAGAACAACAGCCGCAUCAAGCUGGGCCUCAAGAGCCUGGUGAGCAAGGGCACCCUGGUGCAGACCAAGGGCACCGGCGCCUCGGGCUCCUUCAAGCUCAGCAAGAAGGCACUUCCUGAGCCCACUAAGAGCAAGGUCAAAAGGCCAUCUUCCGCCAAGGCGAAGAAGCUGGUUUUAUCCAAGGAUUCGAAAUCCCCGAAAGGUGCCAAGACCAACAAUAAAGCCAAGAAGCCCAGGGCAACGGCAGCGCAGAAAACGGCCAGAAGCGGCAGGAAGGCCCUGGGGGCCAAGGGCAAGCAAGCACGAAAGAGCCCGGGCAAGGCCAGAGCAGAGAAGCCGAAGGCCGGGAAGCCCAAGCUGAGCCAGCAGAAAACCAACGCGAGGAAAGUGGCGUCCAAGAAGUAAGCCAAAAGAAGC